GUUUUUUAUUUCUUAAUGGAGUCUCCAGUUCCAAGCAAAGAGAAUGGAAGUAAAAAGUUUUGUUUUGCUUAGUGUUAGUAGUUCAGGACCCAAACACAGAUGUGCCCCAUCCAUCCUAGAAAACAUGUUAUGAGUUCCAGAAAUGGCGAACAAUUUGGCCAAGUUGUACUUGGCCUAGACUCCAAAUCUUUCCUACCUUCCUACAACACCAUCACUUUGGGAUUGUUUUAGUAGUUGUGCUCUACCUGUCCGAACUCUGAGGGUCAGAUCCUGAUGCCUGAGAAACCUGGAGAGGGGAGGUAAGGACCAUUCAAGUACCCUACGGACUUCAAAAGCUGGCUUCCAGAAUUAAGAUUUCUUUAAAAGAAUGACCCAAGAUGAACAACCGGCAUGGGAACCAGUCAGCACUGGUCAAGUCCCCCCCCGGACUCUUUUUUUCUGUUCCCCGGAAGUGGAGGGGACUGCCAAACCCCAUCUACCGGAAGUGCCUUUUCGUGAGUACCUGGGUGUUCUUGCUGCUCUGCGUUUCAAUUCCUGGUUCGACACUGCAACAUGCUUCUGAUUCAGCUCCUCCACUUAGCUGUAAAAAUGCAUUAAUCACAACUGCCUGGUAUCUUCCUGAGCAAGACUUUACAAUGGGAUCCAGUAUGCUUCAUUUUAUCCAGAAGUUUUCUCAAGCAUCUUCAAAGAUGUUUAAGUACCCUUUUCCAGUCCGGCUAGGAGCCAGCAGAAUAGAAACAUUUUCUCUCAAGACAUGUCACCAACAGAACUUUUCCCCUUUGUUUCCAAGGCCUUGGUUUUUCUCUUCAUUUCCAGUGUAUAUGAGGAAGACACAAUACUAUCAUACUUCCCCAUGCAGCUUUAAGAAGCAGAAGCAAGAAGUACUUCCAGCCAAGCCAUCAAGCACCAUCACUUACCUAUUUGACAGCCCAAAGCCAGCAUUAUACAUAACUCUGGGAGGACUAAUCCCCUUUAUUACUCCACCACUGGUCAUGGUGAUGACAAAGACUUAUAUUCCUGUGUUAGCUUUUACUCAGAUGACUUAUGGAGCCAGUUUCCUAGCUUUCUUGGGAGGGAUCAGAUGGGGUUUUGCUCUACCAGAAGGUAGUACAGCGAAACCAGACUUCCUCAGUUUAGCUAAUAGUGCAGCUCCUCUUGUGUUUUCAUGGUUUGCUUUCCUUAUUUCUGAAAGACUCAGUGAAGCUAUAGUCACAGUAAUAAUAGGUUUGGGGAUAGCAUUACACAUUGAACUUUUUCUUUUGCCACAUUAUCCCAAUUGGUUCAAAGCCCUUAAGAUAGUAGUCACUUUAGUGGCCUUGUUUUCAUUUAUAAUCACUUUACUAGUUGAAGAUAUUUAUCCAGAGAAAGGACCCAAGAGACCUGGUCAGGUAGAAUAAAUACAAAACUACUUUGUAGAUGACAUGAGCAUGUUGGCUAUAAGCCUUAGAAGGCUGUUUUGGCAUUAUCUUUUUCUACUUAUCCUGUUUAACAGCUUUUUCCUCCAUCGGUGGUUAUUUAUUCUUCACAGAUUUUUUUCAUUUCUAGGAAUCUUUGUUUCAUAGAAAUUACUUGACAACAGUUUGAAAAUCCCUAACAAGUCAUUUUCACUUUAGAUUACAGUUUUUAGUCUUUAUGAAUUACACAUUUUAAUGUUUUGUUUUGAAUAAAAUAAUAAAAACGGAAACCCCUUUUUUAGAGCCUUAUGAUCAUUGAAAAAAGAGGCACAUUCUCCCACAAGAGGAAAACUUUGUAUCCAUUAGUGUCUGAGAAUAAUAGGUGGUUCCAGUGUGGA